UCGGACCUUCUUAUCAAAUCCAGAUACCGACGGCGUGUAUCAUCUCGUCUCGCGCUCAGCCUGUCGUUGUUCCUAGUAAUUAACCUCCUCCUCAACACUUCAACCAACGCCUUUAAACCAACCAAUCCUCUGAUCAAACAACUGUUUUUCGGACUUCGAAAGGAUCCCGCCCAUCCACCACCCUGUACGCCGUAGGCAUGUCCCGCCUUGCGGGGUGUUAAUUACCCCCCUUCUCCACACUUCAACUAAGGGGCCCUUCACCAAUCUGUCUAUCAAGGAAGCAAUUUCUGUAUUCAGUACAAGGAAUUUUCGGACUUCAGCGACCCGUCCCAUCCGCCAGCCUGCAGGGCGGCAGGCGACAUGUCCAGCCUGGCGGUAAUUCCCCCGCCUUGUUGCGGUUGCUGCCUCUGCUUCAUCUGUGUGCCGCAGUCCAAGGUGGGCAUUUUGGAGCAAUGCGGGAAGUUCAGCAGGGUGGUGGGAGCGGGAUGUCACUUCAUCAACAUUUUUUGUUGCGAAUGGGUGUCGGGACUGGUCAGUCUUCGCCUGCAACAGCUGGAUGUGAAAUGCGAGACCAAGACGAAGGACAACGUGUUUGUGAACGUUGUGGUAUCUGUGCAGUAUCGAGCCGAGGAGGCGCGAGCGAAGGAUGCAUUCUACAAGCUCACUAACCCGAGGUUACAGAUUCAAGCCUACGUGUUUGAUGUGGUUCGGGCCUCGGUACCGAAGCUGAUUCUCGACGAUGUCUUCGGGCAGAAAGACGAUAUAGCCCACUCCGUCAAGACGGAGCUGGAGAAAGUUAUGGGAAGUUUCGGCUACGACAUCGAGCAGACGCUGAUCACUGACAUCGAACCCGAUCCCGUCGUCAAACGAUCCAUGAAUGAGAUCAACGCCGCCGCGCGAAUGCGACUGGCAGCGAACGAGAAGGCGGAGGCGGAGAAGAUCCUCCAGGUGAAGCUUGCGGAAGGGGAGGCGGAGGCCAAGUACUUGUCGGGACUAGGCGUCGCGCGGCAGAGACAAGCCAUCGUCGACGGGCUGAGAGAGAGUGUCACCUCCUUCUCCCAACAAGUCAAGGGCACUUCUGCAAAAGACAUCCUCGAUUUGGUGCUGAUUACGCAAUAUUUCGACACCAUGAAGGACAUCGGAUCACACUCAAAGAACACGACCGUGUUCGUUCCGAGCAAUCCGAGUGCGGUUGCUGACGUGGCAGCGCAGAUACGUGGCGGGUUCUUGCAGGCCCCAUCUAUGGCGGUGAUGGAGGGUCGGGGAAAUCGUUGAUCACCGUCCUUUUUUUCACACGAACAGACCCCUUCCCUCUCCCCCUCGCCCCUGGUCAUCAUCGCUGUGUAUGUGGUGCAACUACCCCCUUUGUGGAUGCACGGUUAAUGACCAGGGGGCGUUGUGUUCGAGUGAAGAUGCUAUUAUUGGUAGUGAUGGCGGCGACUGGGGACGGAGUGAGUCCUGGUGGCGGUGGCAGCGGCGGCGACCGGUCGAUGGCCGAGGAGGAGUCGGUGAGAAACGCGAAGGCGGGGGGGGUAAGGGCAAAACCGACCCGUAAACGUUGGUAGCUGCUGGUUCGCCGCCGGGUUACGACGACCGGUCGCUUGUCGUCGUCGAGUGACAGCGGGUUGUUGAAGAGUUGGGCGGUGGAGUUGACGUGUCGUCGCCUGCGACGAUCGCGAGCAGGAUGACGACGACGACAAUGACAACGGUAAUGACCCCUGGGAAUGACCGGUCGUCGGUGGGCGGCGGCGGCCACUUGCGGCAUCAGGAGGCCUCUUGCGACCAGCAGAGUUAGCAGUGACCGGUCGUCAACGUCUUGGAAAUACCAUACCAUCUUCUCAGCCAAAGGUAACGACUGUCCAGCGGGAUGCCGACACCCAUCAGGACUCCCGAGGAAGGGGAGGACGAGAUCCCGAUCCAGCGAAGAAGAAGAAGGGAGAUGUAACAAGUUGCUUUUCUUUUGCUUUCUUUUUUUUGUGAUUUGGCUUUUCGUCUUAAACAUGGUCGUCAUCAUCAUCCGUCAUCCCUCUCCACAGGAGAGAAGCGCGCCAAGCUCCCUCUCUGGCCGGAACUUUGCACUUGUUUCAUUCUUGGCCUGACCGUCGAUCAUCACGUAAUCUCUACAUCUACCAGGCAGGCAUCCGGUCGGGGGUACCGUAGGUGGCUCGCGUACCUCUCCCAGUGACACGCUCAGGCUGUACAUCCCCCGUUGGACAAAACAGAAUGAGUGUCACUGAGGGGUUGGUCGGUCAAAGUCAACGCAAUCAAUUUAUUUAUGCACGUAUUUAAUUAUUGAUUUACUGGUGAAGAAUGUACGGCGGAGAUCGAACUCGGUCAAAGUCAACACCGUGUAUUUUACUUAGCACUUGAUGGUCGAACAACGCUGUCACGUAUUGCAUCCAGUCAAGGUCAGCGGCAUUUAUUUAUUUAUUAUUUGGCUAGUGGCAUUAAUUCAUUUAUUUAUUAUUUGGCGAGUUAAAUAAAGAUAUACGACCUCU